AUGUCUUGUCGUUCACAGCUCUUCCGUGCCUUAAGAGCACCCGCCUCCAGCUCCGGUAGUCGGAGGACUGUUUCUCUAAGGACCAACAUCCUCGGGAGAAGCCUUGCGCACUCAAGAACGCCCGCCCGAUGCAUCGCGACUACAGCCCCGAGGCUCGUCUCCCCGACUCGGGCACAGCAGAGCAAGCUGACAUCUGAGACGUACCCGCAACUCGAGCGCGACGCCCGGUUCGCUCAGGUGACCCCCGAGCACGUUGCGCAGUUCCGUGAGAUCUUGGGUAACAAUCCCUCGGCCAUCAUUGACGGAAUCACGGACGGCGGAGCGGGCGUCGAUGCGGCCGACUUCGAAACGUACAAUGAGGACUGGAUGCACAAGUACAAGGGCCAGUCUAAGUUGGUGCUGCGUCCAGGCACCACUGACGAAGUUAGCGGCAUCCUCAAGUACUGCAAUGAACAACGUCUGGCUGUCGUACCCCAGGGAGGAAACACAGGCCUUGUGGGAGGCUCCAUUCCCGUUUUCGACGAGAUCGUCAUUAGCAUGGCUCGCAUGAACGAGAUUCGUUCCUUCGACGAAGUCAGUGGUUCACUUGUUAUUGACGCCGGCUGUGUCCUCGAGACUGUCGACUCAUACCUUGCCCAAAAGGGUUAUAUCUUUCCUCUCGACCUCGGCGCCAAGGGCUCGUGCCACGUUGGUGGAAACGUCGCCACAAAUGCUGGCGGUCUGCGAUUGCUCCGUUAUGGAAGCUUGCACGGCACCGUCCUCGGUGUUGAGGCUGUUCUGCCUAAUGGUACCGUCAUCAACGACCUGUGUACCCUGCGAAAGAACAACACCGGCUACGAUGUGAAGCAGCUCUUCAUUGGUGCAGAGGGAACUUUGGGAAUUAUUACCAAGAUCGCCAUUCAAUGUCCCCAGCGAUCUCCCGCCGUUAAUGUCGCUGUAUUUGGCAUAGAGUCAUACGAUAAAGCUCAGCUUGCCUUCCGUGAGGCUAAGAAGCAGCUAUCAGAAAUUCUAUCUGCAUUUGAGCUGAUGGACGGCCGCAGCCAGAGAAUUGUGUCAGAGGUUAAGGGCCAGGAGCAUCCUCUCGAGGGGGAAUACCCCUUCUACUGCCUGAUUGAGACGAGUGGCUCCAAUGGCGAGCAUGACUACGCAAAGCUAGAGACCUUCCUCGAGGAUGUCAUGACCCGAGAAGUUAUUGCUGACGGUGUCGUCGCUCAGGACGAGACGCAGCUUCGCAACCUGUGGGGCUGGCGUGAGGGCAUCACCGAGUGCCUUGGCCACUGGGGCGGCACCUACAAGUACGAUAUCUCCAUUCCCCUCGACGAGAUGUAUACCAUCGUUGAAGAUACCAAGGCUCGUCUGAUUGACCUGGGUCUUCUGGGUGACACAUCUGACCACCCGGUUGUCGACGUGCUUGGCUAUGGCCAUAUGGGUGAUUCCAAUCUGCACCUCAAUAUCCCGGCCCUGGAGCCUUGGGUAUACGAAUGGAUUCAGAAGCGUAGUGGUAGUAUCAGUGCUGAGCAUGGCUUGGGAAUUGCGAAAAAGAAGUUUAUCGGUUACAGCCGAGACGACACAACGAUUGGUCUAAUGAAGCAGAUCAAGAAUCUCUUUGAUCCCGUGAGUUCAUCACCUCCCCCCUUUCAUCUUCGAGGUUUGGAAGCCGAUGCACUAAGCCAAAAGUUCCCUGUAAGUGAAGACUUGCUCGUUCGCAUAUUCCUAUCCCAGUCCAAAGUCCCUGCCGUGGGUCCCUAUCCAUUGACGUCGUCGGUCCCAAUUGAUCCCAAUUGGAUUGUUUCGUCAUACCUAGCAUUAAACAUGGUUGGCGUCCCUGGAAAAUACAAAGGCUGCGAAACGUGCCGGCGUAGAAGAGUCAAGUGUAUAUCGAGUGGAAGACAAUGUGAAGGAUACGAACGAGAACGAGUCUUCAUCACCGGGACACCACAAAACAAAGGCAGAGUAGCCUCCCAUCCGAAGAAAAGCUCAUCCUCCAAGAAGGAGAGGUCGCCUUCGUACGAGGGGCCUCCCAGAACGCUCGAUAUCACGCCAGUCCAUCCUCUCACUUCGGCCUGGGACGACCACACACUUGUGUCAAGCCAAGGAGUGGAGUAUUCGGUUCUCGUCUCAGCUUUGCACACCAGGCUUCCAUACACUCUUCCAGAUGAUUCAGCUGAUGACUCCACACCCUUCCACAUCACGUUCCCGCCAUAUACGCCAACAGACAUGCAGCCAUUACUGGGCGAAGGAGACUUUGGUGUAAAAGCACAAUGCUUAGCACGAUUACCGAGCGUAUAUGAGCAAGAUGACUCGGCACAAAGUUACUGUAUCUUCUUCUUCGAGCAUGAAACGGCAUAUGCGUUUGGCGAAUCAGGGUCUCAACAGAUGAGACGAAAGGGACCGGCCUAUUUUAGUCACUUUCCCAAUCAUCAUUUCUUUGUGCGAGUGUAUCGACCUCUGGCUGUAAAUUGGAGGACUAUCCCGUGGCAGAGACAUCCGAAAUCACUCCUGGACCAUCUUCUGGACCUUGUUCUUCUGCUGCCAGCCAUACUUUCUCAAGCUGACCAGAUUGUCCCAUUAGAAGCAACCCUCCAUCGACGGCACAACGCUCAGCAGCUUCUCCGGGAUUGCCUUUCACUCGAGAGACACUUCGAUGCUUGGUUUCAGAUGGCCAACCGUCCCAGUUUUGAAUAUCCCGUGGCCUAUUGGACUGAGGAGCUUAUCAGUCCUGGUGGUCUCAUUCCUUUCACAAAUUCGUACGCUUUCAGGAACGCAAUCACCGGACUUGCCUUCCUAUAUUACUGGAUGACACAAAUCCUCUUUCACCAAUGCAUUGAAAGCCUGCACCGAGCCAUCUACCAGCCAGUUAUCGACGCAUACCCAAAUAUGUGGCCUGACUUGCCGUUCGACUUGCAGAUCGAUAUUACUCGAUAUCAGCAUGGGCGCAUGUUUGCUGCAGAUAUCUGCCGUGGACUCGAUUCAGUCUUGCAUGACACUGUUCAACCUGAUAUGCUGAUUAUGCCGAUGACCGUGGCGAUGGAUUUGUACCGGGAGAUUAAUUCAGCUUCGCAGGAUGGACUCAUGGAGAUCAUGUGGAUCGACAACUUUCGUUCGCGGCUUAUUGAGAAAGGCCAACAUGUUGCCGGUGUUUUACAGAGUCAAACAUGGUCUGAAGUAGCGACUUUCUGA